AUGCAGUCUCUCGAACUCACCCUCAUAGUCGCUGCGACUCGUAAUAUGGGCAUCGGCGCCCAAGGAGGAAUGCCCUGGCAAGGCUUGCGCAAAGAAAUGAAGUACUUUGCACGUGUGACGACAAGACUGCCACCACAGGCCCCUUCACCAUCGCUCAAUGCAGUCAUAAUGGGCCGUAAAACCUGGGACUCAAUCCCCACCAAAUUCCGACCUCUAAAAGACCGUCUCAAUAUCGUCAUAAGCCGUUUCGCACCUUUAAACUUCCCCGAGAUAGUUGAACCCACAGAGCCCGUCAGAGUCCAGUCUCUUGAGCUCGCGCUGCAGUACGCUCGUGCUCGCCGCGACAUCAACCGUGUCUUUGUCAUUGGCGGUGCCCAGAUCUACGAUGCUGCACUCAAGCUGCCCGAGGCGCGACGCAUCCUGCUCACCAGCAUUGAACGGGAUUUUGACUGCGAUACGUUCUUCCCCGUGGACCUGAAGGGUGGCAAGUGGGAGAGGAAGUCGAGAGAGGACUUGCAGGAGUGGACGGGCGAGGAGAUUGACGAAGGUGGUCAAGAGGAGGCAGGGACAAAGUAUGAGUUCCAAAUGUGGGAAAAGAAUGAGUAG